CGGCGCACUAUUGGCAACGCCCCGUGCCUGGCCGCCGUGGUUGCCCGGCAACACGGGGUCACGGUCGCUGGCCGCGCGGGGUUCGACCUGGUGAUGGGGCCACCGGCCCUUCCUCCACUCUUGCUGGUGCUUCUGGACUGCUGGGUCUCCGUGAGCGCCCAGGCCGGGGCCACCCCGGCGGUGAUGACGGAGAGCCUCAACUCUGCGGAGCCAGCCCCGACGACUCUCCGACCUGCCCUGUCUCCUAGGCCCCCCGGUACCCCCAGGGCUCCCGGACCCUCCAGUCCCAGGCCCACCCCGGUCACGGACGUCGCUGUGUUGUGUGGUUGUGACCUGUCCCCAGCACAGUGUGACGUCAACUGCUGUUGUGAUCCUGACUGCAGCUCCACGGACUUCAGUGUCUUCUCCGGUUGCUCAAUUCCAGUUGUCACGGGUGAUAGUCAGUUUUGUAGCCAAAAGGCAGCCACGUAUUCAUUGAAUUUCACAGCAAACCCACCUCAGAGAGUAUUUAAAAUUGUCGACCAGAUCAAUCCAUCUAUUUUCUGCAUUCACAUUACAAACUAUAAACCCGCGUUGUCCUUUAUUAACCCAGAAGUGCCUGAUGAAAACAGUUUUGAUAAAUUGAUGAAAACGUUUGCUGGUUUUUCACUGAGUGCAGAAGCAGAUGUCUCUUUCACAGACGAAUCAGACGCUGCCAAUACGCCCAAAUAUGAGUAUGGCGUUGUCCUGCGGACUUCGGACUCGUUUCUGAGGUUUCCUUCUCCCCUCACCUCGUCCCUGUGCACCGACAACAACCCUGCAGCAUUUUUGGUGAACCAAGCUGUGAAGUGCACCAGAAGGAUAAACCUGGAGCAGUGCGAAGCCACCGACGCCCUGGGCAUGGCUUACUACAGCAGCCCUCAGAUUUUGAGGGUACCUAAUUCACAAACAAAGGUCCCUAUCACCGUUCGGUCCGUCAUCCUUCAGUCCCUAAAUAACACGCUCACCCGGCUGGACGGCGCUGACGUGUGGACGCAGGCUCUGGUGGACGCCGGGGCCGUUAAAAUCUGCACCCACGUCGUCCUGGAGGUGAAGUACAGACUCACCUACACAGAUGCCGGUGAAAUCACAAAAGCCGAUCUCUCUCUCCUCCUGGGGACAGUCAGCGACGCAGCGAUCCCACUGCAGCAAAAGUUUGAAAUUCGUUUUAUUCAGCAAAACACGAAGCCGGUUCCUCUCAGCGGAAACCCUGGUUAUGUCGUGGGCCUCCCGCUGGUUGCCGGAUUUCAGCCUCGCAAGGGGUCCGGGAUCGUCCAGACCGUGAACAGAUACGGACAACUCACUACCCUCCGUAGCACAGCAGAGCAGGACUGCCUCGCAGUGGAGGGGGUCCGCGCCCCCGUGCUGUUCGGCUACAACGUGCAGUCCGGCUGCAAACUGCGGCUGACCAGGGCUGUCACGUGUCCGCUGGUCGUGGAGAAGGUGACGCGCCUGCUGAAGGGCCAGGGCUUCCCAGACUACGUGGCUCCUUUCGGAAACUCCCCGGCCCAGGACGUGCUGGACUGGGUGCCCAUCCGCUUCGUCACCCAGGCGUCCCAUGCGAAGGACUCUUGCCAGCUCCCAGUGGCUUUGCUCCUAGAGGUGAAGUGGACCAAGUACGGGUCCUUGCUGAACCCACAGGCUAAAGUCGUCAACGUCACUGCCUGUCUCGUCUCAUCCUCGCUCCCUGAGGCCGGCCCAGGAAGCGAAAGGACGGUCCUCAUCUCCACUGCGGUUACUUUUGUGGGCGUGUCUGCACCUGCAGAGGCGGGCUUCAGAGCUCGGCCGGCCAUCAACGCCAAGCUGCCCUUCGAUUUCUUCUUCCCCUUUGUUUGAUGUAAGUGGUUAAUUAAGGAAACUAGGCCACGCCUC